AUGGAUCUAGACGAUGAGGGGAGGUUAAGGAAUGUUUUUUGGGCAGAUCCACGUAGUCGGGCUGCCUAUAAGUAUUUUGGUGACGUGGUCACAUUCGACACCACAUACCUGACUAAUAGGUAUGGGAUGCCUUUUGCACCAUUCGUUGGUGUAAACCACCACGGGCAAUCGAUUCUGUUGGGAGCUGGGUUGAUUUCUAAUGAGGACACAGAGACCUUUACAUGGCUAUUCCAGACCUUGUUGCAGUGUAUGGAUGCCUACAAGAGUGGGCUGAAAAUGCAGCUGAUGAAAUGUGUGUACAAUUCACAAACUAUUGAGGCAUUUGAAAAAUGUUGGGCAGAGUUUAUUAGUACAUACGAGUUACAUGAGAAUUUGUGGUUGAAAAGUUUAUAUGCAGAGCGUGAGCAUUGGGUACCGAUUUUUGUAAAAGAGCACUUUUGGGCUGGAAUGAGUACAACCCAACGCAGCGAGAGUAUGAAUGUUUUUUUUUACGGUUAUGUCCAUUCAAAAACAAACUUGAAGGAGUUUGUUGACCAGUUUGACAGUGCACUAAAGAAAAAAAUUGAGAAUGAAAAUCAGGCAGAAUUUCAGUCAUUUAGUGGUACCAUUCCCUGCGUUUCUAGAUCUCCAAUUGAGAAGAAAUUUCAAGAUUUGUACAUUAAUGCAAAAUUUAAGGAAGUUCAACAACAAGUAAUUGGUGUGCUUGACUUGGACCCAGCUCUGCUAACAUCGGAUGGUGUAAUCAACAGUUAUUUGGUAGAAGAUGAGGUCCGUAUUCAAGAGUAUUCAAAACAAGUUACAUAUUCUGUGCAGUUUAAUGUGAAUGAUUGCAAUGCGAAGUAUUAUGCGGUGGAUUCUAAAGACCAAUUUAAAGAUGCAAAGAAGCGGAUACUAGAGAUGACUGAAGCUUAUCGUCUGAACCAAAGCUCCUUUUCUAUGAUGCAAACAGGACCAGAACCUGAUUUGUCGACAAUGGAUACUACUGCAGUUGGUAGUUCACAACAAGUCAAGAGUCCAAGGAUUGUCAGGGAGAAAGGAAGACCUCCAUCCCUUCGGAGAGCCUCCAGGAUGGAGACAGACAUGCGGAAGGUUAAAGCGAAACAAAAGAAAUCACAACAGGGAGGAAAACGCAAAGAGCGAGAGGAAGGAGAAAAAGCACCCCUGGGGACGCGAAGGAAUUUAUUUGAUGAAGGAGAUACAACAUCCAUGGGGACGUGCAUCAAUUUUUUUGGGCCAUCAGAUGUAGAUAAUACCAUAGGUCUUGGACAAGUGCCGCCUGUCCUAGACAGCCCCGCUUUUGAGAGUAGUGGAAUCCAUCAGCGAGAAUCAGUGAUGGAGAGCCAAGAAAGUGUAAAAUCUCUAAACUUUGCAUAA